GGGUGUUUCUUUCGAUGUCAAAUGAAUAGCGCCUCCCAACACUGUGGCAGCAGACUUGUGCAUUUACAUUCACUUCCUGAAAAACGGGUUGUGCGACAGACACACGGGGAUGUGACCAGGAUACUUGUCACUUAGGAGCAGCAGUCAGUGGAAUUAGAUCUUAGACUUUCACCAAGGCAUUUUAUUCUGAGUCGCUUUGGGCAGGAUUUAAAACAAACGUGUGCUACAAGGGCAGACUUGCCACUGAACACCACAACAAACUCUGAUUGUGUAAUUGAGGAACAGCUCAUAACGUCAUGAAUAUUUUCCUAUUGCAUGACUAACUGCAGCAGGUAGAAACCAGUCUUGCUGUGUGCGGCUCACUCCAGUGCUGCCUGCUCAUAAGGAACCCACGUCCAGCUGUUCAGUAAGGAUCCUUCUUCUGUGUGGAGGCUAAAUCCUUGGGAGAAAAACAGCAUUGAAGGAAAGAGAAUGGCAGGAUCCCAGCACAACAGUUCCUCCCCUUGUAUCUUUGAUAUACCAGCCAAAAUAAUGGAUGAGUUCUGUCGCUGUAUGGACUGUUUGAGUGACUGGGAAUGGAUGAGCUUUGCAUCUUCUGUGAUCGAUGACCAAACAGUUCUGCGGAGAAUACGAUCGUUCGAGAGGACAGGGGUUAGUGUAACCAGGGAGCUUAUGUGGUCUUGGGGACAAAAGUUGCCGUCUCUGCAGGAACUAGUUGAUCGUCUCCAGAAGCUGGAACUGUACAGAGCCUUGGGGAUUCUACAGCAAUGGGCACCAGUGUCGGUAAUAUCCUCUAAAACACCAGAGAGAAGAAAAGCAGAACUCCCUACAAAACAGCUAGAUUACAAAAAAGUUAACAAGCUGCCAGAACAUCCAUCCUCUUCACCUUCAGAACUUCCUGCUCCUCCAUUGCCUAGCCCACCUCCUCCUCCAUCAGAGCUGCUGCAAUCACUGUCCAUACAAUCAGAAUGUAGUCUAGAGCCAAAUUCUCCCAAGGAGAUUCUUAACAUCCCACAGCAAGAGGAGAGUUCUUUUAUAAAAGGGCCGUGUAAAAUAUGGACACAGAAGGAUUUGGACGAUGCCACUGACAGUUUCUGCAGCAGCAAAAUAGUACAUGAGGGAGAAUUCGCCGACAUCUUCAUGGGAUACAAGGAAGGCAAACAUUAUACAAUAAAAAGGCUAAAAAUGGUGGAGGGUGAAGAGCAAAAACGGAUGUCUUCAUUCUUCCACACAGAGGCUCAAAUCAGUUUCCGGUGCUGUCACGCAAAUAUUCUGCCGCUGCUUGGUUUCUGUAUGGAGGGUGAUUGUUCCUGCCUUGUAAACCAGUUUAUGAUGAAUGGAUCUUUAGAUCUUGCAUUACAACAGAGUGAAAAUCAUAUCCUGAACUGGAAGAGGAGGCUAAAAAUUGCUUUGGGAUUCCUAAAAGCUGUUCAGCACUUGCACAGUAAUGAUAUACUCCACGGAAACAUUAAGAGCUCCAACAUUUUACUAGAUGAAAAUUUACUUCCAAAACUGGCCCAUUCUGGGCUUCGGUACUGUCCGGAUAAACACACAGUUUACACAAAAGCAAAGAGCAAAGACCUGCAGAUCCACCAGCCGUAUUUGCCCUACAGUUUCUUUCGGCACGGGCAGCUGACUGUACAAACGGACAUCUUCGCUUGCGGUGUUGUUCUUGCUGAAAUACUGACUGGUCAGAAGGCUAGUGACAGAUCCAGAAAUCCUGUUUACUUGAAAGAUUUAUUUCUGGAAGAAAUGGAGAGAGCGAAAGAAUAUUUUGAUUUGGAUGGGAAACAGGCAGAUCACAAGUCUCCAGAGAGCCUUUGUUCACAUCAGAUUAGCUCUAAAUAUAUGGAUUCAAGAACUGGGUUGCUGCCAAAUAAUGCCGCUUUCCAUUUUAGUUUUGCAGCCUGUUUAUGUCUAAUAAAGAAAAAACCUUUAUUAGCAGAGAUUUACACAUUAGUGGAAAAAGCUGAGCGGUGUUCCAGAGAUUGCCAGAAUCUCUCUUUAAAUGUCCCAGAAGAGAGCGAUUUUGAUGAAUCCUUAUCUUUUGAGCCAACGGAUGGAGCAAUGUUCAAGCCACCCUCUAGUUCCUCACAAGGGUCCUGGUCCAUGGAGAAUCAAAACCAAAGUAACCAUUAUCCCAAAACAACAAAUGGAGAUGUAAAUAGAACUGUAGACAAGAAUUCACAUGCACACCCGAGGUCCUUCUCAAAUAGCUAAACGCCGGUGCUCAGACCCUAGGAAGACAGCACUUCCAAACAGGAAAUAGGCAACAAAAAAGGAACCGGCACUCGAGGCAAUUCAAACGAGAUAACCCCGUGUAUGUUUAUUACGUCACAACAUUUCGGGGGCAAUAUUCAAGCCGCCCUCUAAUUCCUCACAAGGGUCCUGGUCCAUUGAAAAUCAAAACCAAAGUAACCAUUAUCCCAAAACAACAAAUGGAGAUGUAAAUAGAACUGUAGACAAGAAUUCACAUGCACACCCGAGGUCCUUCUCAAAUAGCUUAACGCCCCGGUGCGCAGACCCUAGGAAGACGGCACUUCCAAACAGGUAAUAGGCAACAAAAAAGGAACCGGCACUCGAGGCAAUUCAAACGAGAUAACCCCGUGUAUGUUUAUUACGUCACAACAUUUCGGGGGCAAUAUUCAAGCCGCCCUCUAGUUCCUCACAAGGGUCCUGGUCCAUGGAAAAUCAAAACCAAAGUAACCAUUAUCCCAAAACAACAAAUGGAGAUGUAAAUAGAACUGUAGACAAGAAUUCACAUGCACACCCGAGGUCCUUCUCAAAUAGCUAAACGCCCGGUGCGCAGACCCUAGGAAGACGGCACUUCCAAACAGAUAAUAGGCAACAAAAAUGGAACCGGCACUCGAGGCAAUUCAAACGAGAUAACACCGUGUAUGUUUAUUACGUCACAACAUUUUGGGGGCGUUCCCCCUUCAUCAGGUGAUGCCACCAACCAAGUGUACAAAGUUUAAAUAGACACACAACCCACGCCCUCAUGAAUAAUUAAUUGUCCAAUGUCCAAUAU